CUCUUGUGGCAUCCACACAAGCCCCAUUCUGGAGAGGGCUUAGAGGUGCGGGUUCAAAGUUACUAUAAAGACAGGUAAACAAUGCCCAACCCCAAUCCAGAGGCAUAGUGCGAAUCGAGCGAGUUUCCAGACUGCCCCCUGAGGUCAACAAAUCCAUUUAAUCGUCAGCCAGGGACUUGGAUAACUGUUUUCCCAGUUGCCCUGUUGGUUGGGUUGCAUCAUGGAGAAGUCGUUUGCCAUAACGCCCUGGAAGUACGGCCUACUGGCCACAUGCAUUCUGAUUGUGACAUGUAACGUGUUCUUCUUUUCCUGUGGCGUGGUCACCUGGGGCUCAGCAGUCUCCACUUACGGAAGCUAUGGUUCAGCCCUCUGCGGAGUGGCUGUCUUCGGAGUCGCUUUCCUGGGCAUGUACGUGGCCCUGAAGGAGUCCUACAAGUAUUCCAUAUACUAUCUGAUUUUCAGUGGCCUGGUCAUUGCCGCGCUGGGAUCCUACCUGUUUGCCUUCACGGCGAUGCGGGAACAGCUGAUGGGCCAGUUUGCAGAUCGUAUGCGCGACCUGUUCGAUCGGAAGACGAACAGCGACGAUAAGAUGCAGCCGGUGCACAGUUUAUUUGGGUGCUGUGGGCUGGAGGGACCGCAGGACUAUCUCGGCGAGGAGCAAGGCGCUCUGCCCAGCAGCUGCUGUUAUGCCUUUGAUUGCUCCAAGCCGGCCCAUGUCUACGAGGAGGGCUGCUCCACUAAGGCGGCUGCAAAUCUAAGGAUGCAGGCGGACCUCAACUACUACAGCUGCAUGGCCAUCAUUGUUUUGGAGUUUUUGGGCCUGUUCACUGCCUACAAUUUGGGCAAAGCUCGCAAGUAUGCCAAAACCAAGAUAAAGGACGAGGAGACCCCCAUCAACGACUGAUGGCCGAGGACACCCCAGCAUGAAUAUUGCUAAAAAAAAAAGUUAACCAAAUUAGCUAAAUUGCCAUUAGAAAUAAAUACUUUCCAUAGCCUAAACGA